UCAAGUGUUUGUUGGUGAAAACAUUCCUCUCUUUCUGGGCUGGAGAAUAAAGAAUAUGUAUUUUUUCUCCACAUAAAUCUCGCCAGACAAACAAUAAUCUCCGAUUCAGUGCAUAACUGAGAGUCUUUCACGCUGCACGCUAUGGACCAGGACUAUGAGUGUCGGCUGCUCAGGCAGAUCAACAUUCAGAACGAGAAUGACAGCCCUAUUAAGGCCAUAGAUACAGUGCGAGCGCUGACACCCACCAACUCCCCUCUGUCGUCACCAAGCAAACAUGGCGACCGCUUCAUUCCCUCCCGCGCCGGCGCCAACUGGAGUAUCAACUUCCACCGCAUCAACGAGAAUGAGAAGUCCCACAAUCAGAACAGGAAGACAAAGGAUGGCACAACAGACACUAGCAAAGCAGACGGCCUGGCGUACUCUGCCCUGCUAAAGAACGAGCUGCUGGGGGCAGGCAUAGAGAAGGUCCAGGACCCCCAAUCAGAGGAUCGCCGCCUCCAGCCCUCAACCCCUGCCAAGAGGAGCCUCUUUAGUUAUUCUGUCUGUGCCAAACGGUCUCUCCCUGAGGAUGGCAAAACAGUCUCUCCAUACUCCCUGUCUCCUGUUAGCAGCAACAGUCAGAAGCUGUUACGGUCGCCUAGGAAACCCACACGUAAGAUCUCUAAGAUCCCCUUCAAGGUGCUCGAUGCUCCGGAGCUGCAGGAUGACUUCUACCUCAACCUGGUGGACUGGUCCUCCCUCAAUGUCCUCAGUGUCGGCCUGGGAACCUGUGUCUACCUGUGGAGUGCCUGCACCAGCCAGGUGACGCGUCUGUGUGACCUGUCAGUGGAGGGGGACUCUGUCACGUCAGUGGGCUGGUCAGAGAGGGGGAACCUGGUAGCAGUGGGGACUCAUAAGGGCUAUGUACAGAUCUGGGAUGCGGCAGCAGGGAAGAAGCUGUCUGUACUGGAGGGACACACAGCCAGAGUGGGUGCGUUGGCGUGGAAUGCCGACCAGUUAUCGUCGGGCAGUCGUGAUAGGGCGAUCCUGCAGAGGGACAUCCGAGCCCCACCCCUCCAGUCAGAACGCCGUCUCCAGGGACACAGACAGGAAGUCUGUGGCCUCAAGUGGAGCACAGACCAUCAGCUGCUGGCCUCGGGGGGAAACGACAACAAGCUACUGGUAUGGAACCACUCCAGUCUUCUCCCGGUGCAGCAGUACACAGAGCACCUGGCUGCGGUGAAGGCCAUUGCUUGGUCCCCCCAUCAGCACGGCCUGCUGGCAUCUGGAGGGGGCACAGCCGACCGCUGUAUCCGCUUCUGGAACACCUUGACGGGCCAGCCCCUGCAGUGCACCGACACCGGAUCCCAGGUGUGCAACCUGGCCUGGUCCAAACACACCAAUGAACUGGUGAGCACACACGGUUAUUCCCAGAACCAGAUCUUGGUGUGGAAGUACCCCUCCCUCACACAGGUGGCGAAACUCACAGGCCACUCCUACAGAGUGCUCUACCUGGCCAUGUCCCCUGACGGAGAGGCCAUCGUGACAGGCGCCGGAGACGAGACCCUGCGCUUCUGGAACGUCUUCAGCAAGAUGAGGUCCACCAAGGAGUCCGUAUCUGUUCUGAACCUGUUUACCAGGAUCCGGUAGCCAGAGGGAAGCUUGUGUCCAACAAUGGAACAAGGGGGUGAACCAGCACACUGGAUUUCAUUCUAAAAAAACAACUCUCCUUUCUCUGCCCCCUUAUGUCCUCCCUGGCCUCUGGUAGCCUAUGGUCCUUUCAAAUACCCAAGGCCAGGUCGUCAAGCCGAUAGAUGGGAGUCAAUAUUCCAGUGGAAUAUAUCCUAUCCUCACAACACCCAUCACAACCAGUGUGACAUUACAAGGCCACACCCCCAUAUAGUACCAUUGGUAAUUUUCCCUGGAAGAGGAGGAUUCUGGGCUGUUGGCUUCCCCAAGUGAUUCUGUUUUGUUUACAGACACUGUGCAUACCUGCCAAAUAUGAAGUUUGUCCUUUUUAAAAUGUUUUAUUUAUUGUUUAUCACGUAACGUCACCAGUGUGCCAAAGCAGACUUUGUUUUGUUUCCUGUGUGAGUGAAUGUUGAGUGUCGGACUCUUCAGCGAAGAGCCUGAAAGUUGUGUUUGUGCCUGCCUUAUAAAGGGAUAGUUUACAUCUUAAAAUGAAAGUAUGUCAAAUAUUUUUUUGCCUCACGAGGUAUGAAAAUGUGUGACAUGCUUUGACUUCAGGGUGAGCUGUCCUGUACCUAUUUGUAAUUAUAAUUUUUUUACAUGUUGUAGACCAAGUUUUAAGGUAAUUGUGUAUUGCGUGUCAAUGAUGGUGGAAAUCUUACAUUUUUUAAUUAGAAAACAAAUCUGCAGUUGUCAUUUUGAAAUUUGAGUGGCCAAAUACUAAACUACAUAGAAUCACUUACAGUUUUUCUCUGUAAAUUGUGUUGUUUUGCCAGUUAAUUGUCUUUUUUAAUUUUUAACCAAAGUAUCAGUACUCAGUAAUCACUUGCAUGGAUAUAUGUAGGUUAACCUACAUUUACAGAGACAAAUUACCAUUUUUGGUGUCUUGAGUUCUAAGAAAAUGUCAUUGCACUCAGUCUGAUAACGAGCAAGUAGUAUUUGGGAACAUAGGUAAAAAACUAGGCAUAAACAUUGGAAUUUAUACUUAUACAGGAUAAAACCUGAAAAAUAUUAAAAUUGUAAUUUUUUUCCCUGGGUGUAGCAGUAACUGAAAUGCGCUUUAAAGAAAAGGGAAAAACAUUCAUGGUCUCUUACCUCUUGAUACUCCACGAUCCCGGAUCCGGGAUGUGAAUAAAGCCUCAGGCUCAUUAGCAUAACGCAACGUUAACGAUUUCUGAAAAUCGCAAAUAAAAUGAAAAUAAUGCGCCUGCUCUCAAGCUUAGCCUUUUCUUAACAACACUGUCAUCUCAGAUUUUCAAAAUAUGCUUUUGAACCAUAGCAAAUCACUAAUUUGUGUAAGAGUAUUGCAAGCUAGCUUAGCAUUUUGAGUAGCAUUUAGCACGCAACAUUUUCACAAACCAGAUAACCAAAUAAAUAAAAUAAUUUACCUUUGAAGAGCUUCGGAUGUUUUCAAUGAGGAGACUCUCAGUUACAUAGCAAAUGUUCAGUUUUUCCUGAAAGAAUCUUUGUGUAGGAGAAAUCGCUCCGUUUUGUACAUCACAUUUGGCUACCGAAACGAACCGAAAAUUCAGUCACCAAAACGUCAAACUUUUUCCGAAUUAACUCCAUAAUAUCGACCGAAACAUGGCAAACGUUGUUUAGAAUCAAUCCUCAAGGUGUUUUUUCACAUAUCUCUUCAUUGAUAUGCAGUUCGUGGAAGCCUGCUUUCCCCUCAGAAUCGCAUGGAAAAAUACCAGCAGCUGAAAAAGACGCACCAAUUUCGACGGAGGACACCGGGCGGACACCUGGAAAAUGUAGUCUCUUAUGGUCAAUAUUCCAAUGAUAUGCCUACAAAUACGUCACAAUGCUGCAGACACCUUGGGGAAACGACAGAAAGGGCAGGCUCAUUCCUCUCGCAUUCACAGCCAUAUAAGGAGACAAUGGAAAACGGAGCCUCAAAAAUCCUGCUGGUUGCCGUUUCAUCUUGGUUUUGCCUGUAGCUCCCGUUCUAGGGCACCCACAGACUAUCUUUGCAGUUCUGGAAAAUUCAGUGUUUUCUUUCCAAAGCUAUCAAUUAUAUGCAUAGUCGAGCAUCUUUUUGUGACAAAAUAUCUUGUUUAAAACGGGAACGUUUUUCAUCCAAAAAUGAAAUUGCGCCCCCAGAGUUUCAAGAGGUUAAAGGCCUUGAUGGUUGCAUUGUGCUAUGUGUGUCUGUCUGCGGUAUAAAGACAUUUAAUCCGGGGUAUAUUUUUUUUUCUCAGCAUUUCUUUGUUUGAUUCUUGUAGUGGUACCUUUUUUCAUUUUCUCAGUUUGGAUGUGGGUUUUGAGUGACCCUAUGUGCCGUCUUUGAAUGAGUGCUAUUUAUUUGAGCUGUGUAAAAGUGUCCAGUACACACAGCAUGUGUAUAUUAUUCUGAGAGUUGAUUAUUAUCUGAUAUUUGAAAGAUUGAAUGCUGACCUGUACAGUGUAUAUACUAGCGCCAGUCCUAGCUAAGCGUUUGUACUUAUUAUUUUAUGCCACAGAAACAAAACAAAGAAUGCUGCCAAAUUGAAAUGUAUAAAGAAUGUUAUGAAGGUCAAAAAAAUAUAUUUCUGUACUGAGAAAAAAUUAAAGUGAUCACAUCACUA